UCCAUCGCGCUAUGUCGGUGCCAGCUGUACUCUCCUGCUUUGCACACCCCUGCCUUUUGCACGCCCUGCCUGGCCCCGGAAGAACCCCGCCUGGGCCAGCAGGGGCAGUGCCAGCCCACGUUCCACGUCUGCCCUGCACCCAUAUGGCUUCCCUCCCCCUCCCCCUCCCUGUCCUUAUCUCUCCCUGCCGUUUCCAUGGCGACUCACCACCUCGGCUUGCCUGCAUCCCAGCCUCUGCCAGGGAUUCUGAGCCGGCUCUGUCCCUCCCUCCUCAGGAGCCCUGGUUCCCGCAGUCCUGUCUCCUCCCCCUGGGGUGAGUCUAGAGGCAGCCUCCUCUUGGCCCACUAUCACAUCUAUUUUCCAGCCCUGCCGGAGACCUUCCCCUACCUGGCCUCCACCUGCCACAGCUCAGCCAGCCCUCCAAGAAGCGAAGCUGCCCUCCCCCGCUGAAGGCCUCCUCUCCGCUCCGGACCCUCUCCCCGCGCUUGGCCUCCCAUGCCCAGGUCCCCCUUGUCAGUCAUUUCCUUUUGUCACCAGCUUGGCAAACAGGAGAGAAAACGAAGCUUCAUGGGAAACAGCGGCAACAGGUGGUCGCACACGCCGUUCCCCAAGCUGGAGCUGGGGCUGGUGUCCCGGCCGGCGGUGCCCCGGGAGCUGCCCGCCUGCUCCAUCUGCCUGGAGAGGCUGCGCGAGCCCAUCUCGCUGGCCUGUGGCCACGACUUCUGCCCGCGGUGCUUCAGCACCCACCGCGUGCCGGGCUGCGGGCCGCCUUGCUGCCCCGAGUGCCGCAAGACCUGCCGGCAGCGGAAGGGGCUGCGGGGCCUGGGGGAGAGGAUCAGGCUGCUGCCGCGGAGGCCACUGCCCGCCGCGCUGCAGGCCCAGGAGACCUGCACCGUCAGGGCCGAGCCGCUGCUGCUGGUGCGGAUCAACGCCUCCGGGGGCCUCAUCCUGAGGAUGGGGGCCGUCAACCGCUGCCUGAAGCACCCCCUGGCUAGGGACACCCCUGUCUGCCUCCUCGCUGUCCUUGGGGAGCAGCACUCGGGCAAGACCUUCCUCCUCAACCACCUGCUCCGGGGCCUGCCUGGCCUGGAGUCUGGGGAGGGCAGCUGGCCAAGGGGAGGAGGCUCCCUGCAGGGGUUCAGAUGGGGUGCCAGCAGCCUGACCAGGGGCAUCUGGAUGUGGAGUCACCCCUUCCUGCUGGGGAAGGAGGGGAGGAAGGUGGCUGUGUUUCUGGUGGACACAGGGGAUGCCCUGAGCCCUGAGCUGAGCAGAGAAACAAGGACCAGGCUCUGCGCCCUCACCGCCAUGCUGAGCUCCUACCAGAUCCUCACCACCUCCCAGGAGCUUAAGGAUACAGACCUGGAACAUCUGGAGACGUUUGUCCAUGUGGCCGAGGUGAUGGGCAGACACUAUGGGAUGGUGCCAAUCCAGCACCUGGACCUCCUAGUUCGUGACUCAUCCCACCCCAGCAAGGUGGGGCAGGGGCACGUGGGUGACAUCAUCCAGAAAUUGUGCGGCAAAUACCCCAAGGUCCAGGAGCUGCUCCAAGGGCGGCGAGCUCGCUGUUACCUCCUGCCUGCUCCCGGGAGGUGGUGGGCCAGCCAGAGCCACAGCAGCCCAGGCGACACAGAUGGUGAUGCCCGCCACCUCCGCACCUACGUGGCCGAUGUGCUGAGCGCAGCCCCCCAGCACGCCAAGAGCCGCUGCCAGGGGUACUGGAGCGAGGGGCGCCCUGUGGCCCGGGGGGACCGACGCCUGCUCACAGGGCAGCAGCUGGCUCAGGAAAUCAAGAACCUCUCUGGCUGGAUGGGCAGGAUGGGACCCGGGUGUGCCUCUCCAGACGAGAUGGCCGCCCAGCUGCAGGACCUGCGGACCGUGGAAGCCGCCAAGAAAGAGUUUGAGGAGUAUGUGCGGCAACAGGACGUGGCCACCAAGCGCAUAUUCUCUGCACUCCGGGUGCUGCCAGACACCAUGCGGAACCUCCUCUCGGCCCAGAAGGAAGCGCUCCUAGCCCGGCACGGGGCGGCCUUGCUGUGCUCAGGCCGGGAGCAGACCCUCGGGGCCCUGGAGGCCGAGCUGCAGGCCGAGGCCAAGGCCUUCAUGGACUCCUACACCGUGCGCUUCUGCGGCCACCUGGCUGCCGUGGGCGGCGCUGUGGGCGCGGGGCUCAUGGGCCUGGCAGGGGGCGUAGUGGGUGCGGGCAUGGCCGCGGCGGCAUUGGCGGCGGAGGCUGGGAUGGUGGCAGCUGGGGCUGCGGUAGGGGCCACGGGGGCCGCGGUGGUUGGGGGAGGCGUGGGCGCUGGGUUGGCAGCCACUGUGGGCUGCAUGGAGAAGGAGGAGGACGAGAGGGUGCAGGGAGGGGACCGGGAGCCCCUGCUGCAGGAGGAGUGACCCCCAGGAGACGCUAAAGGAGGCAGAGAUGCCAGGGGAGGAAAGGGAGUGGGGGAGGGCGAGGGACCCCUGUGUACCACACCGCCCUGGUUGAACGCCCCGUUGGGUGGUGACUGAGAAUGAAGAUGUCCCCAAGAAACUGGGGAGGCCUCGGGGCCGGGAGGCAGUGUUUGUGCCGGAGCAGAGUCUGAGGACCGUUUCUGUUGCAGACGAUUGCUCACCUGCCACUCGGCCCCGAGUCUCCCACCAGGAGUGUGGCCCACCCUCCCAGGCCUGUUUAUUCCUGGGCACUGUGGGGGGCUGAGCUGGCACCAUUCUGGAAGUGUCCCCUCGCACAGAUUGGAGCAGCCCCAGGACGGGUGGCCUGGGUGUUCCAGCUCAGGAAGUGUGGAGGAUGGGCCAGCAGGGGGGCAAAACCAAAGUGCCCGGGUGUGGUGGACAGGGGCCGGACCCCCAGAGCGAGGCGGCUAGCUGCGGCAACUGCCCAAAGCUCCCUCAGCAGGAUGGAGGGGGUGCCCGCACGGGCACUGUGCACAGGGGCCCUGCAGCUGUCCACCGUGGCCCUGCCCUCUGUCCAGCCUGGUCAGCGCCCAUGUUCCUUCUUGGUGGAAGGCCGUCCCAGCAACGGGUCAGAAGCCAAAGAAAACCACCUGUAGUUGCAAUUCUGAGCUACAGCGACUGUUCUGGGAGAGUCCUGCAGGGGGCAGCAGAGGGGACACAGUGGUCGGAACACGACCCCCCCCCCCACUCCCACCCCAGAACCUGGGGGAAGACCCCUCCCCUCCGUGUUCACAGGAGACCCGGGUGCAGCCCCCACAGGGAGCCUGAGGAGGGCGGAAAGCCCCACCAGGAAGGCUUCUGGGCUGCUAUGUAAAGGAUUAAUGGCACAUUAUACGAAAAAUAAAACGUGUGUGCUUGGA